AUGUUCACAAGAUUUGGAUUAAACUUAAAAAUAUGUUCAUUAAAAUUAUUAUCUGAUGCUAGAAAAGAAACAUUUGUAUCAAAUGAAUUAGAACAUUUAGAUGAACAAUUUAAAAGUAUACCAAAAGAAGACAGAAGUAAGAUAACAUUUCAUGCUGUACUAGCUACAUUUAGAAAAAAUAAUUUAAAUCUUCGUGGUAGUGUAGAAUUUAUAACAACAGCUUUAAAACAUAUGAAAGAUUUUAAUUUACACAAAGAUCUUGAUACUUAUAAAGCUCUUCUUGAUUCUUUUCCUAAAGGACCAUUAAUACCACAAACAAAAGCACAAAAAAUAUUUUUACAUUUUCCUCAACAUCAAAAUUGUUGUAUCAAAGUUCUUGAUGAAAUGAAAUGGAAUGCUUUAGCUGUUCUUGAAGAUAAUAGUAGAGAAUCUGCUAUGGCAUGGAUGAAGCACCUUCAAGAAGAUAAUUCUAAUUUAGAAAAAGCAACAAUACUUUUUAAAUUAAAAACAAGUGAUGUAGAUGUUAUUUAA